UUCCUUUUCUUGUCCCCAUGGCUUCUGUUUCAAAAUUUAGCAUCAAAAGCCAAACUAAAUCCAUUAGUUUGCUUUGCAGAUCACAUCCAACCACUUUGGAAAUAGAAGAACUGCUUAGCAAGAUUAAGACAACAGUAGCAGAAGCAUCAUCUGCAGAGGCAAUCUGCAACAAUUUAUCCCAGCUGACAGGAUUGUAUAAAUGCAUGAACAAUCUUCUAGCUUCAUCAACCACUCAAGUUUUGAUGUCUCAUGAACAGAACAAGAAAUGGGUCAAUGAGCUAGUAGACGAAUCUGUCAAGUUCUUGGAUAUUUGUGGCAGCAUAAGUGAGAUGCUGUCAGAAAUCAAAGAUCAUAGUAUAGAUCUUGUUUGUGCUCUACGAAGGCGAAUGGGUGAUCAUCUUAUCAUUGAGAACAGCAUCAUGAAAUACAACUGUUUCAGAAAGAAAUUGAGGAAACAUGUUAAAGGGUUGAAUACAAGUUUGAAGCAAGUUGAUAACCUUUCUGCUGGUGGAGGUUCAGUGGUGGUUGAUUCUAAUAACCACCAUCUUGCAGCGGUGAUCCGGGCAGUAAUAGGAGUUUCUGAAAUGACCAUUUUGGGUUUUGAGUCUCUUUUGAUGUUCUUCUCUGCGUCCAUUUCGAAGCCAAAUAGAUGGUCCAUUGUGGUGUCUAAGAUAAUGCACAAAGAGAUGGUGGCAUGUGAAGAUCAGAAAGAAAAUGGGAGUGUGAAUGAAUUUGAAAACAUUGAUGCUGCAUUGAGAAUAUUAUGUAAAUUUGGGUUUUGUAGUGAAAAGGGAAAUCAUGUGCAGAUUGCACAAUGUAAGUUGGAGAGAGUGGGAGCUCAUAUUGAAAGAAUGGAGAGUGGAUUAGAGUGCAUAUUUAGGUUCUUGGUUCAGAUUCGGGUUUCACUUCUCAAUAUCAUUUCCCAAUAAAAACUCAGAAGUCAUUGUAUAUUUACGGGACCCUCCAAUAGUCUUAACCAACGGGAUUAGGUAAAUCACAUUUUUUCCUAGACAAGUGGUCUUUAAGAGGUAAUGAAAGAAACCCGUGGAAAUUCGAAACCGAAACCUCUACUAGAGGUGCAUCGAUCAUCCCUUGAAGAUUUAUCAUAUCACUAUUCAACCAGUUCUGCAUAGGCAGCAAAUGUUUUAUAUGUUUAUGCUUUCGAGUAUAUAUUCAAUAGAUUGUGUAUAUUCA